GUAAAAUCCAAUUGGGGAAAAUGGCAGAAUCGGUGGCUAUUUCUCAGUCCUCUCUCGUGUUGCCUCAUUUUGGAGGGCCUAGGGCUCUAACUGGUUGGCGCCAAUCUUGGAUUCGAUUUAGGGCUUCUUCGCCGGUGAUCUCUCACAAAUCAAUUGCUGGGCUGCGGCAAACCACUGUCUCCUCGGGGAUCAUUGCUACCGCUGUCUCUGACUCUAAAGCGCCCGCCUUCAUCGUUGAAUCGGCAGGGGAAGAGAUCGACGUCCAACCAGAUACCACUGACAGAGCCGGUUCUGGUAGCGAGGGUGGAAACGGAGGCGGUGGUGGUGGUGAUCACGACAAAGACGACAAUAAGGGCGAGGGCGGAUCGGACGAAAGCAAUAACAAAAUUGCCAUGUCUAUGUCCCAAAAGUUGACUCUGGGCUACGCUGCCCUGGUCGGAGUCGGUGGAGUUAUGGGCUAUAUGAAGAGUGGCAGCCAGAAGUCUCUUGCGGCAGGUGGACUAUCAGCCUUGCUUCUGUAUUAUGUCUAUACUCAGCUUCCCACACGACCAGCUUUUGCAUCAUUCUUGGGGCUUGGUCUCUCUGCUGCACUUGUUGGAGUGAUGGGUUCUCGCUUCAAGAAGUCGGGAAAGCUGUUUCCAGCAGGUGUUGUAUCCCUUGUGUCUCUUGUGAUGACUGGUGGCUACCUGCAUGGUAUUCUGCGAAGUCUGCACUGAAGAUGCUUAAAAUAUGGAUAUGAAGGGUUGAUGGUUUUAAUUUGAACUAUCUUGUCAGAGUCUUUGUCCACGCCUCUAUCUGGUAGGUAGAAUUGCUAUGAUAGAAUAUGGAGUUUAAACUUUUUACAGACCAGUGUUCAGAGGCACCUUUUUGUGUGUUUGUGCGUGUGCGUGUUAAUGAAUAGUGACAAGUUCAGCAGUUAGCUUAUAAUGUAAAGAGGAAGAAACUUGAUGAUUAUAGGAACUGGAGGUGUGUUGAGCAUUUGACAGUCCCAGUAAUAAACAGAAGUAGUAGAGCACAAACCUUCCCCAUGAUGAGAUCUCAUGAGCCAUGAUCAACCUUUUUGGAGGUUUGCGAUUGAAAAUGCGUCAUCACUACUCUGGGAAGGUGAAGGUUCAGGAUAGAAAGGAAAGAAAAUGAAAACAUGUUUCGGGUCUGGAUGAGAAGAACGGAGGGUUCCAAGUAGAAUGCCCAUUCUAUUUGGAACAAUGUAAGUGUUUAACAAUUCACACCAAGAAAAUGGAGAUAGAAUGAAUCAAGGCUACGCUUUUGAACUCCAGAAGUUGACAGAUUGUUGGGGUGAAGCUGGUAAGGUGAAAAAGUACUCCAACGUUCAUUAACUAGUUUCGAUUAUCGAAGUUGGCUUUAUGGUUCUGUAUUAGAGGCUUUUGAACUUGCGUACAGAAUUAAACACAA